AUGACCAGCACCCCUGACGCCCCCUUGCAGUCUCGUAUGGUAGACGACAAGUCACCCAAAUGCAUUCCCUUCAUCCUCGAGCGCCUCAAGGCACACCAGGCCUCCAGCGAAGGCGCUAAAAGGCCCUUCAUCAUCGGUCUGAACGGCGUCCAGGGCGUCGGCAAGACCACCCUCGUUCGCGCCCUCGCCGAGACCCUGCAGGAGCGUGAGCACCUGCAGACGCUGGUCAUCAGCAUCGAUGACUUCUACCUACGGCACAACGAUCAGCUCGCCCUCGCCACCGCCCACCCAGACAACGCGCUGGUGCAGGUGCGCGGCGAGCCGGGGACGCAUGAUGUCGCACUGCUGCGGGAUGUCUUCCGGUCGCUCUGCACAGGCCAGCCCACCUUGAUCCCCUCGUACGAUAAGGGGGCUUUCGAUGGGCUGGGUGACCGGCUCCCGGAGUCUCGAUGGACGGCUGUGAACCAAGAGGGGCAGCCAAAGGUGCAGGUUGUCCUGUUGGAGGGCUGGUGUGUGGGCUUCAGGAGCAUCUCCCACGAGGCUAUCGAGGCCAAGUGGAUGGCACCAAGUCGGACAUUGGCGCUUCAUAAGCUGGAGGAUUUGUGCUUCGUGAAUGACCAACUGAGAGGUUAUGAUAUAAUCACAGAUCUUUUUGAUGCAUUUAUUCACAUCGACGCCGAGGAUACCGAAUUCGUCUAUGACUGGAGGCUGCAGCAGGAGCAGCAGAUGAGGAUGGAGAGGGGCACAGGCAUGACUGACGAGCAGGUCGUCAAGUUUGUGGACGCUUACUAUCCGGCAUACGAACUCUUCUCAGACGGGGUGAGGGAUGGGAUUUUCCUCAACCGGAAGGGUCAUCAGCUGCGCCUUAUCGUUGGCAAGGACAGAAUGGUCAUCGACAAAAUUGUCAUUUGA